CUUGUAGCGGUUGACCCGGCGAGUAAGUGCGGCCCGUUUUUCUAACCAGGUCAGGGUGAAAGUGGGUCGACCCGCGGGUUGACAACCUUGCAAUGCUGUGAUAUGUGAACGAGUUCAGUUGCUUUUUCUUUUUCUGAAUUGUUGUCAUAUGCUAAUGUUCAUUUAGUCAGUUCUGGUGCCAUAUUAUUGACUUUUUUUACACGACGACUAGAGCAAAAAGCUUGAAAGGCAGGGAUGAAAUGAACGACCUUUAGUAAUAUAGCUAAGUGCCUUAGUGUCAAAGCUAUUUGCUGAUCGAUGUAGUACUGCAUCUCCACUUUAGUUGUGUGCAGUGACCUGGAAAAUAUGAGAACAAUGAACUACCUGAGGCUGAUACUCAUAUUUAAGUGAAAACAAAGAACAGUUGUUGUGUUGGAAAUCUUGGUGAGUUCAAAUAUAUGUUGCUAUUUCGGAUGUUAUGGUGUUCUACAGUGAACUCAUCAGUCUCCAUGGUGUUGAACCAAAUUAUCGAGUAAUAUCCUAGUUACGUUGAAGCUUUAUGUUGCUCUUUUAUUUAUGACGGGGGACUUGGUGCAUGUGUCCAUGGCUGCAUACUUCAGUGUUUAUAUCAUGGAUCGAGAUAUAUUUGCAGCAUCUGAAUUUUGGUUACUUAUUGGAAUUAGGAGACUCUUAGAAGGGACUUUGGAGCGAAAACUGGAGAGAUGCUGUGGAAUCAUAGUAGGGGGCUAGAUAAUCGGUUGGUUGGAGUAACUCAGGUUUGGAAUUAGCUAUAAUUCAUUAAAUUAUUAUGUUGACGUUGAUAUUUCUACAGGAGAACCAGCUUUCUGUCACAGUGCUGCACAUUUGUGACUGACAGGCUCUGACAGCCUAGAUAUAUGAUUUGUUAUUUGCAGGAAAGCAAGUCUAUUGGUGCUGAAGUAAAUUGGGGCGUCAGGUUCAAGGCUUUGGAAGAUGUUGGUAUUCAUUGCAUUAUGCAAGCUUCUCUCUCUCCAGCCCUUGAAUAAAAUAAGACAAUUCCUACAACUAAGCUACCCCUAUACAACCAUCUCUCUCCCCAGCUAUCAAUUUCAGCGUUUUCAAUAUUUGCAAGGAGAAACAUCUAACUGAUACUUAUUGCAGAGUCACCGUUUUCUGGCGGAUCUUUGUAAGGAGGUUUCACUUCGUUUGUUGGGAUGCGGAGUGAGAGGACGCACUUUUACUCUCAAGGUACUUUGUUUUAUUCCAAUGUUUCGAACUUUCAUUUCAUGUGUCAAGUUGUUUGGAUCCACUGAAUUGUUUUGGAGGAUCCACAUUUGUAAUUAAUCUUUGUUACCCAGCCAGUGUUACUCUGAAUAUCGAUGAGUGAAUGGAAAAUUAACUUGAUUUCUUAUAUAUCUAAAUAGAUUAAGAGAAGAAGGAAAGAUGCCGGGGAGCCAGUUAAGUACAUGGGCUGUGGGGACUGUGAGAAUUUGAGCCACUCCAUGACAGUAAGAGACCUACAACACCAAGUGUAUUUCAUUUUAUAAUGCAUAUGCUUCUGACUAUGCUUCUAGUUACUAUCUUUAAAUAUCAAUGGUAUUACCCUUAAAAACUGUAUUUACACUUCUGAUGUGAUAUGCCGCCAGAUUCCGAUUGCAACUGAUGACAUUGGAGUGCUCCAAAGAAUAACAAAGCAGCUUUUUGGGUGCUUCCACCUAGGCAAGUCAGCCCAAUAUAAUUACAUGUUGUUCUUUUCAGUGGUAAAGGUGUUGCAUCAAUCUAUGGUUCUUCCUACACUGACAAUUUAAGAUUGCAUCUUAAUUAUUGGAGUAGUGAGGGAAAAUUGUGCUAGACAUGUGAAACAAGGUUAGAAUAAAUUGUGAAACUAAUCAGCUUAAUGGACAGAUAAACUUGCAGCUAGCUCUCAUGCUCGUAGGAUGUUGGGACUGUGACUGAUUGUUUUUGGUAUAGAUCAAAUUUAUUUUGCUGGAUGUCCUCAUAGGUGAUGUCGACCCCCAAGGGUUUGCUGCAAGUACACUAUUAUUUCUGGACGUCUUUCAGAAAAUGGAAACUAGACACAGAAUUGCUGUUGCAUGGUUAAGAUCAUGCUUCUUCGCGGAAGUCACUCUGAUUAUCUGUGUGAUAUGCGGAGGCACUUCAAUGUAUCUGGGUCAGGUCGACCUUUGAUCAAAUGUGUUAUUGUUUUUGGAGGCCUCUGAAAGAACUCUCCGAGAAAGUAUUUGAGAAGCCUUCCACUUGUCACUGGCAUCAGUAAUGAGAUGGUUUUGAUUUGCUCUAGGAUGAGGCACUCUUUGCAUAUAUUUGAUGCUCUGUUUUAACUGGUGAGCUCAGACUGAACCUUUUGAAUCAAUUUUACACAGAUGACAGGGAUAUCCGUGGUGUUGGCUUGCAAGUUUCCAAGCUGGAAAAUGCAGAUGCUUCUAAUCAAGGUUGCUCUGGGUGGUUCCAUGCAGUUUACUUCGAAACUUGUUUCACAGUCCUUUCCAUGUUUCUAAGCGUCAAUUGGUCAUCAACUUUCUUGUGUUGAAGGGCUUGAAAGAAGUUCUUUGAGAUCCUGGCUCCUCUCUGCUUCAGCAACUAAAGUGGCACAAAGGGGUGCCACUAAUGUUAUCAAACGAAGUGCUAGAGGUUUGUAUUUUAUCCAUAUGAUUUGUAAAUUGCUCAGUGCUGUCACGAAGACACAGAAGUUUGUUUGUUUGCUGUUGUGAUGUGUGUUGAGGAUGAUACUGCAGAGUUAUCUUGUUUGCUGAUGAACAUUCAUCCUUUUUUCCUUUCAUACUUAGAUUCUGACAUUAAUAGCAAUGAAGGAACUUCCCGUCAAUUAUUUCCUGGAGAAAUCGGCUCUUCUGGUAUAAUGGACAACAAUGAUCAACCUUGUGUAAGUGAAGAUGUCUCUGCUUCGCCAUCUUUAUGUGAUCUUGAUGUUGGAGUUGUCGAGGAUCUUCCGCCACAAAUCUUUUCAGAGUUGAAUGAUACUUAUGGAGGGAAGUUGAUACCUCUUAUUAAUAAAUGUAAGGGGAAAACUGAAAGCUUCAGUGACUCGUCAUGCAUUCCUGAUUGUGGAAAUGCUGAAGGUGAGCCUAUUUUACAUAGCUGUUAUGUUUUUGGUGGAAUGCUAGUUCAGAGUGCUCGCUUAACUAUUUUCUUAGGAGAACCUGACUAUGUUGUAGGAGUUGAUAUGUCCAAUAUGGUGUCGCCGAGCAGUUCACUAGUGGAUGCAGAGGUACUAUAUACUAUAUAUUCACAUUUGGGUUUCUCUUAAUUUAAUAAGUUAGUUUGAUUAUAAUUCAGAACAAGUCUCCAGUUUGUCUGCAAGUGCUGGCUUGGCUAUCCAACUGAAGCCAUUCAUUGAGCAGCUACCUUAUUUCCUAUUUCUAGUACAUUUUAAAGCAUCUCAUCUCUAGUUUAGAGCAAGAAGGCUGUCGUUGGUAGGUUUGUAGCGAUCCUUUGAAUGUGGCUUCCCUUCUUUUUUUUUUUUUUUUUGAUAAUGUCGAUUAAUAUAAAUAACGAAAAUAACUGUACAAAAGCGAGCACGAGAUCACAAGGAUUGAUCUCUAGGAAAUGAAGUCGAACCAAAUCCUUAAAUUAUGUAUUGGUAUUUCGGCGUCAUGAAAAAGAUAUAGUUUAGAAGUCAGCACUAUGGUUUUCCUUUACAUGAUACGCGCCUCACUUCAUUAAAUUUCAGUUAUUUAUUAUCUCAUCGAUUGUCAUUUGGUGGUUGAAGUUGCCAAAUGGCAGUUCCCUAUUCCUAUGUAAACUGAAAAGGAAUAUAGAGUAUUUCUCCAUAUAUCCAUAUGUUGUACUCCAUUAUUUUGUUGUACUAUGAGUUGAGCCCUCGACUGUUGUUUAGGUUAAAGCAGUUAUCCUAUCUAUAGGCAUGUUCUUUUGUUUCCGAGAUGGAUCCGAUGGUGAGGCUGUUCAUAAAAGGUGCCCUGAAAAUGCUGACUUGAUGUGGUCGUCUUUAUGCCAGGUUGAUACAUCAGUGUUGCACCGAUUACCUGAAGAGUUGAGAGUUGAUUUGGUAGGACUGCUUCCUGCACAUAGGAAUCGAGAGCCACCAUCAAAUGCUGUCUUUGAGGCUCAUGCAGAUAACGCUGAAGAGUCAUCAGUUGUCAGCACAACCGACAAUGAAUCCACAUCACUCCCCAAUGAUUUAAACAGUGAUCUGAUGAUUGGACAUCCGCCAAAAUGGGUUGAGAAGUUUAGAAUCAGCAAUUGCCUGAUACUAAACUCUCUAGCAGAGAUGUACUACAAAUGGGGGCCAACUAAAAAUCUGUCUCCUCUGUUGCUUCAUUUAAUUUCUGAAUGUGUGUAUCCUCUAAAUGAAGAUGAUGUUUGGGGUGAUGAAGCUAGUUGCGACCUUUGCACCCUUCUUAAGCUGUACAUUAAAGUAAACCUGGCAUCAGACAUGGAAGAGAUAUACGUUUGCUUUCGGCUUCUCAGAAGGCUCGGGGAGAAGUCAAAACUUAUUUCACAAGUGUACAAUAUUGUCCUUCCCGAUCUUCAGGUUCGCACCGGAAUUGUUACUACUUAUAUUGUCAUGCUCAUUGCUUUACUGAUUGAAGAUUGGUGAGAUAUGUAUGCAAUGUCGUGAUGGUAGUCUAGGAAAUUAUGAAUGCUUGAUCUUCCUAAGACAUUCAGAAUGAUGUGAGCUUAACUUGAUAUCUGCUAGGAGCUUCACUAGUACUCUAACCACUUACUUAAAUUUAGCCUGCUCUCAUUUGACUUGGCAGGAAUCUUUCCGUAAAGUUUAUGGUGGAUAUUUGAAACUUUAAUCAUGGUUGCUCCUGCAACUGAGAAGCUCAGGUGCGUGUUUGCGAUGAUGAAGUUGCGCACUUCUAUUUUUUUUGGGAAGGAUGAUCUGGCAUGCAAAGUCUAUUUUUUGCCAUCCCAAGUUUUGUUGAGAUUGAAUGGUGUGAAGAUGUUGUCUGAAUAGAUACUUCCAACAUCCAUCCGUGAAGAUCAUCUAUGAGUCCUUUCAGGCAUGAGUACUAGAUUCAGAAUGCAAUUAUUGAGGAGUUGGUGCAACUGAUCCCCGCAAAAGGUAGGAUCUGAUCGUAAGGACAAGUUUAUUUCCAAAUGUAUGGUUAUUGCCUUAUUGGCAUGGUCGGGAUAGAUUGAUUUUUUUCGCUAGCACAUGUUUACAUAAUUACAUUCAUAUAUGAACUACUGAAGUCUCUUCUCUGUCCUUUGCCCAGAAUACUUGAAGAUUCCCCUUUAUGCAACCUAUUGUACUUGGAACAUUGCGCAAUAGAACUUUUCUCACUCAGGUUUUGGCUUUUGGUUUUGUAGGUUCAAUUUUAUGUGAUUGCAGUCGAAAUCCGCAGCUUUUGGGCCACAUACUGAGGAAUAGUUCUAUAAUGCUAGGCCAAUUUGGUUAGGAGGCGUAUAGGGGUCAGUCUGUUAGAAACAUGGGUUUUCUGUGUAUUAUUCACUAUUUAGACUAUUAUUUCGGGUUGAUUAUGUUUUUGAAAUUGUGGGAGCAUUUCGGUAUUUUGUUGUGUUAUUUGAGUAUUUCACUAAUAUUGUGGUUUCGAAGGGUACCAAGGAAAACGGAAGGAAAAUGAGAAUUCAAUUGAGGAAAGACUAGAUAGAUGUGUGGGAAAUCAAGCUUGGCUAAUUAAGUAUCCCGAUUUCG